AUGAACUUCCAUCUUUUUCUGAUCCUCGGCCUGGCCAUAGCUUUCACAAACGGACAAGUAUUUCCUGGAGGAAUCGACGAUCUGUACGAAAUCUCUUCGGAUGACUAUCCAGCCGCCCCUAAGAAACGCACCUUCUUUGCGAAGUUCAAAAACGAAACUGGAGCCAAGACCAACAAACUAAUGUACAAGAACAAUGCGGAUUAUGAUCUGUUCCUCAGUCUGCUCGAAGGGUACGUUAUAGCUGAUUCACGGCUGGCUUGAGCCACCGGGUCUUGACACAAUAAGAAAAGAAAAAGUGUCUGGUUGAGGGAGAGCCUGUUUGCGUCCCAAGUUAGCCGUGGACCGGCUAUAACGGAAAAACGAUGAUUAAAAAUGUUUUCUUCCAGAACGAAAAAUGAGGCGUUUGUCUUCGACCCGGAGCUCUACCUCUUCGACUCUAAAGGACUCCCUUACAUUACCUGUUUGGCUUACGACUCUUCGGUCUCUUCUGUCCAGACGUCUCUCCGCUGCCAAACAGCGAGGCCUGGGGAACGUCCCUCUUGCUUUGCCUCCUAUGAUGCAAAGAAUAAUGAAAUGAAGCAGGGAUGCUACGUCUACAAAAUCGUGGGUUUUGAACAUAAUUUGGACUUGCGAAGUUGAUUUUGAAAAUUUCAAACAAUGUCACUCAGUAAGCUGAUGAGAGUUUAAAUUUAAGAAAAAGAUGAUAGAAGAAAUGGCGCAAAAGUAUUCAUAUAGUCCGUUCAGAUUUUGAAUGUCAAGUAGAAUGACGUCAUUCGAAAACGAUCUGUGGAUGGCUCGCUUUCUGAUUGGUUUAUCGCGCUAUUAGGGGGCGGAGCUUCAGCGAUCACUUGACAUUAAAAAUCAGAGCAGACUAUAGGGGCGACGUGGCGCAACAGGUUGUGUGCCUUUCCACGGUCCAAAGGGUCACAAGUUCGAUCCCCGCUGAGUCCUAAACAAGAGUUUUGAGAAAUGUUGGUAGAGGAUAAUCUUCAGCCGUUACGCAAGACUACUAGAGCCAUUCCACUAGUUAUCACUGAUAUCAGGAUAUCUUGCCCCUAUGACUUGGGGCCCGACGCCGGUCAAGCGGUACAGAGGAUCUUAAAAGAAGAAUAAGCGUUUUUGGGAAAAAAAAAUUUUCUGAAUGAAUUUCUAAUAACCAGUUUUUUUUCAGAGCGAGGAGACCCACUGCGACAACCGAAAACUCUGCGAGAUCAAGGCUCCUUAUAGCGAAACCUUGUGUUGCUGCGUCGGCAAGUGGUGCAACUUGGAAAAUCGCGUCCUUUACAAAGACACCGCUCUGAACGAAGUCUUCAACAAGACCAUCAGUCCUCGUUAUACCAAUAUCUAG